UCCGACACGGCAACAAACGCCAGUUGUUCGGCGACUUUGCGCUCGGCUGCUUGCUGCUCCUCGACUUCUCAGUUCGCUUUCGACUUCCGACGCGAAAGUGCACCUCGAACCGUUCCAGCCGCGUCGCUCCGUUCCUCAUCCACGACAGGCCGAGACGCAAGGCGAGAGCUCACCGGAAAAGCGCACAAAAUUCGAGAUGGUCUAACCAGCCCCGACCAUGUAACCGCCUUCUUCCGAACCAGUGCCCCCAAGCCAGCAGUGCCAUGGUCAGCGCCGCCGCCUCCAUCAUCCUCGUCCUGGCGACCCUGUCCCUGUCGACGGCCGCCGCCGACGUCUUCGCCCAACGAAGCAAGCAACGAAAGAGCGCCGUGUUCGCGCCGUCGGCGCCCUCGCGCGAACGCAAAAAGCACAACAUCGUCCUCAUCCUGACCGACGACCAGGACGUCGAGCUGGGCUCGCUCAACUUCAUGCCCAACACGCUGGCGGAGCUGAGGGACAAGGGGGCGCAGUUCCGGCACGCCUACGUCACGACGCCCAUGUGCUGCCCCUCGCGGUCCUCGCUGCUGACGGGGAUGUACGUGCACAAUCACAACGUCUACACCAACAACGACAACUGCUCGAGCACGCAGUGGCAGGCCACGUACGAGACAAGGUCCUUCGCCACAUACCUGUCCAACGCGGGAUACAGGACAGGCUACUUCGGAAAAUACCUCAACAAGUACAACGGCUCCUACGUCCCUCCAGGGUGGCGCGAGUGGGGGGGGCUCAUCAUGAACUCCAAAUACUACAACUACUCCAUCAACAUGAACGGGAAGAAAAUCAAGCACGGUUUCGACUAUCACAAGGACUACUACCCCGACCUGAUAGCCAACGACUCCAUCGCCUUCCUGCGCCAGUCGAAGAAAAACAGCGCCCACAAGCCCGUCAUGCUGACCAUGUCGUUCCCGGCCCCUCACGGCCCCGAGGACUCGGCCCCCCAGUACUCCCACCUCUUUUUCAACGUCACCACUCACCACACUCCCUCCUACGACUACGCCCCCAACCCCGACAAGCAGUGGAUCCUGCAGGUCACCCAGAAGAUGCAACCCAUCCACAAGCAAUUCACCGACCUGCUCAUGACCAAGCGCCUGCAGACCCUGCAGUCCGUCGACGCCGCCGUCAAGCUCGUCGUCGACGAGCUCAAGGCCCUGGGGGAGCUGGAAAACACCUACAUCAUCUACACGUCUGACCACGGCUACCACCUGGGCCAGUUCGGUCUGAUCAAGGGCAAAAGUUUUCCGUUUGAAUUUGAUGUCCGAAUACCAUUUUUAGUCCGCGGUCCAGGUGUCGAACCUGGCACCGUAGUCGAUGAUAUAGUACUUAACAUAGAUCUCGCGCCGACAUUCUUGGACAUCGCCGGAGUGGAAGCGCCGCCCCACAUGGACGGCCGCUCCGUCCUGCCCCUCUUCCACAACUCCAAAAGGAAAAGGAUGCGUUGGCCCGACACCUUCCUCAUAGAAAGCUCCGGCCGUCGCGAGACGCCGUACCUCGACGCCAAAUUCAAAACCAAGCUCGCCACCCGCCGCAACGCCACCACCCCCCAGCCCCCGUCGACCUUCGCCCCCGCCGACUACUCCAUGGCCACCUCCACCAAGCCGCCGGCCGAGCUCGCCACCGCCGCGCCCCGCAGAGUAUACGAAUCAGGUGAGGACCUCACGUUAGAUUCGUUCGGUGACGACGAAGACGACGAUAUCGACGAGGAUGACGAUAUCGACGACGACGAGGACGACAUCGACGGGGGAUACGACGACGGCGUCGACGACGACAUUUACGCUUAUAGUAACGAGGCGAAUGUUACUAGUAAGAACCUAAUCAGGGGUGAGGAUAGUUUUCCGUCCAACAAGCUGGAGAGGCUGACGACGGAGUGCGCCGCCGACGAGAUGAAGCCCCCGUGCCGGGCCAGCCAGAGGUGGUACUGCGUCAACGAGAACGGCAGGUGGAGGAAGCACAAGUGCAAGUCGGUGGUGGUGCACUUCAGGAAGUGCGCGUGCUUCACGGAGGCGGGGUUGGUGUAUAAGAGGAUACCGUUGAGGAAUAUCACCCGGCGCCACACUCGCAUCAAACGCGAUGCCGAUCUCUCUCAGAUCCUUUUCGGGCAGAUUGACCCGGACGGGAUGACCCAUCGGGCCAAACGCGACACUCUGGACCACGUGGAGAGCGUCAUGAAGGACGUCCAAGGCAAAAUCUACAACCUGAAGUCGAACGCGUCUUUCAUAGAGGAGCCCCCAAACCUGGCUACUAAUAUCAUCUCGGAGACGUCUGCGGGGUGCGUCAUCAUGGACAAGGGUCAAGUCAACUGCUCCACGGUGAUCUACCACGAUAGAAAAACGUGGCGGCAAUCGCGUCACCAAAUCGACAACGAGAUCUACCAGUUGAAACAAAAACUAGAGAAACUCAAGGAGAUUAGAAGACACCUGAAGCACACCAAGCCUAUCCAAGAUCCAGCGGACGAAGUGGAAGACGGGUACAAGAAUAAAACCGGACGGUUGGAAUCCCCGGAUUUGAAUGACUUGAACGUGCGGCUGGAACAGGAGCUGGGGAUGUCCACCGAGCAGUACCAUGUUAAUGUUACCAAGACCAAGAAGAAGAGGAAGAGGCUUCAUGAUGGGGACAGCCCGCGGGUGGUGAAGAGGCCGAGGCUGAGACCGGAGCUGGACAUCGCAGAUGAGGUGGACAGGCUGGAGAUGACGACGAAUGGGCCUUUCGUGAGUCAUAGCAACCAUCACAGGCACAAUCAUAGGUAUCCUGGGACCACGGAAGGGGAGUUUUCGACGGUCGGUCCGUCGACACCAAGGCGCAGGACUACCACGCAGGUGACGGCGGCCACAACCACCACCCCCACCACUACGGUGUCGACGACAGUCGCAGCCACCACAACCACGAAAGCCCCGCCUCCCGACUCCGCCCUUCCCUACAACAACACGCGCUACAACAGCGACUACUGUCACUGCGAGUCGUCCGCCCCGCCCCGGCCUACCGAGCGCGACCGCGUCAAAGAAGCUAAGCGCCGCCUCAAGGAGGAGAAGCUGCGCCGCAAGCUGCGCAAACAACGCAAGAAGGACCAACUCGUAAAGGAGUGCGCUUCCGAACGCAUGAACUGCUUCCACCACGACAAGGAGCACUGGAAGACGGCCCCCAUGUGGACCGCCGGACCCUUCUGCUUCUGCAUGAACGCCAACAACAACACCUACUCCUGCGUGCGCACCAUCAACUCCACGCACAACUUCCUCUACUGCGAGUUCACCACGGGCUUGGUCACCUUCUACAAUUUGCGGAUCGACCCGUUCGAGCUGCAGAAUCGGGUAGAUCAGCUGAAACCCGAGGAGAAGUCGUUCUUGCACGACCAAUUGAGGCAAUUGAUAGCGUGCAAGGGCCGCUCGUGUACGGUGAACCACAGCGCACACCACCAUCAUCCCGCGUCGAGGAUUAGGGCCAACGCGCUGCCGUUGCACACGGCGGGGGCGCAGAGCAGGUUCAAGAAGAGGAAGCUGGUGGAGGAGUACGCACAAGGGGGCAGAGUGCUGCCGCUCACUCAGUCGGAGUUCGCUCCACGAUUGGAGUACAGUCAUGUCUCCAAAGCGCACAAUAAGACGUGGCGCCGCAGGAACCCAUGGAAGUACCCCUGGCGUCAGAAUAAGUACGAGAGGCAGAAACAGCACAGCUAUGAUGGGGAUUUUAAGGCAAACUGGCAUUAAAAGAAGAAGAAGGAAAACGUGAAAAGUACCAAUAAAAUAAUCGACUGAAUAAAACUCUAUCAUUUAAUGAUGCAUUUAUUGUGAUCUCUAAUUUAUGUUUCGUUUUUAAAUUAAUUAGUAAACAAUAGGACGUAAGCUUAUGCUUUAUAUGUAAUUGUGUAAAUUAUGUAGGGAGGUAAUGUUAGGUACUUGUAAUACUUCCACUAAACGAACUAGCAAUAUUUCCUUGUUUCCUGUAUAAAAAAAUCGUUGAAACGAUGGAACGAAGGGCAAUAAGUUAUUUUUAUAACGUGUUACCUUUUGUUGUUAUUCUCGACAUGCAUCUUCUGUCUAGUCCAAAUCGUUUUGUAUAUAAUUCUUGUAUUAUUAUAACCUGCUUGGUACAAUUA